AUGCAAAUGAACCAUGGAUCUUCCGGGCUUCCUUGGUUUUCUGUUGCCCCGUCCAGCCCUGAACCCGAUAUGAAAUCGGACCUGGAGGCGAUGGAUGCGCCUCUCCGCCCAGACGUGACAGAUGGGCUCCCCGACUCAGACGUGAAAGAUGAGCCCCUCGACUCAGAGAUCACAGAUGAGCCUGUAGAACCAGACAUGAGUCAUAUGACAGCUGAGCCUCUUGAAACUCACACCUCAGAAGCAACGGAUACGCAUAUGGAUCAAUAUAUCCCAGCCGGCAUUUUGAGGAAAUUCUCAUCCCAAUCCCGCUCCCCAGACUCCGAGAUAGCGCUACUGGAAAAACACGAAUGGAUCCGAACACGCUCUCUUGACGACAGUAACAAUGUACAGGUUUUCGUUCUCCCAAACGCACCGCAAAAGAAACCCAUUAAAAAAGGAAAAAGGGGUGAAACCAACAACAUCCUCCUAACCGGUCUCAAACUCGUCAUGUCCAUGAUCGACAGCUCACCUGAAGCAUGGAACGGCUUGGUUGGUGCCCAUGCUGGUCUACUUGCCAAUACUCAGCCCGGUAUCGAAGAAGAAGAAUCCCUAUAUUAUAUAUACAAUACGCUGCAAGAACCCAAACCGAACCUGGACGAAAUAGCAGAUCCGCACUCCUGGCGUGCUAUGGGUGAGUUGCUCGGAAAUAAGGUUCGGGGUCUUAAGACACAGCUUCAUCCGUUUCAGCGCAAAUCCGCUGCUGUAAUGGUUCAGCGAGAGGCACAGCCGGCGCUGGCGCUUGAUCCGAGAUUCCAGCCUUGGCAGGGUCCGACUGGGUUAGAGUUCUAUUAUGACAGGGUGUCUGGAAGCAUUAUGAGGGACAAGAUAUUGUAUCCCGAGGCCUGUGGAGGGAUCUUGGCAGAAUCCAUGGGAUGCGGGAAAACCCUCAUCAGCCUUGCCGUAAUAUUGGCUACGCGAGGACAUUUCCCCAAAAUCCCGGUAGAGUAUCAAAAACUCGAUAACCCCAUCAGAAGCAAGACUGGAACUCUAAUGGAAAUGGCUGCUGCUGCUGCUGGUCGCUUUUCCCUGCCCUGGAAGGACCACUUUGAUCGGUUACUGGAAGAAGAGCACGAAAAUCAUGAUAACUGUAGGAAGGCCUGUGUGGCCCAGAGUGGUUCCUACGACAUACCGGCAAGAAGCGAUCACCAAAGGGCUAAAUCACAUUUCGCCGAGUCGGCCAAGCACAUUCGUCUCUGCUCCGGUACACUGGUUAUUGUCCCGGAUAAUUUGAUGGACCACUGGGAACGUGAGAUCACUACUCACACUAGCGAUUUGAAAUUCUUAGUUCUGCAAAAUCAGGAUACACCAUCAACGGACGAACUUCUAGACUUUGAUAUUGUGCUGUUCUCUAAAAGCCGAUGCAUCAAAGAGAAUGCAAAGUACAACAAAAAUGGGCGGAAACCGGAUGCCCCUAUUCUCAAUCUUCACUGGUUGCGAGUCAUUGUCGAUGAAGGGCAUAACCUUGCGGGUAAAACAACGGGAAUGGUCGACUUGCUAAAAAAUCUGGAAUUCGAGCGCCGCUGGAUGAUAUCGGGAACCCCUCUCUCCGAAUUGUAUGGAGUGGAACUUAGCAUUGCUUCACUGGAAGUGGACACAGAUGACACUGAAUCAUCACCCGACAAUAACGAAGCUGCCAUCUUACAAAAAGGCAAGAAGGCGGGCAAUGCCGUCAACCAUGAAAUCAGAAAUUUGGAUAAAUUGGGCGACAUGAUUCAUGAUUUCUUCAGUCUCAAGCCUUGGGCCAACAAUACUAAAGAAUGGCCUCGUUACACAAGAAUGGUAGGUGAAGAUGGAAUUCGUCGAAAAUCUCCAUCUCUACGUGCCACCCUCCAGAGCCUUGUUGUGCGACACCGGUACGAAACGGUCAAAAAAGAGAUCACUCUUCCGCCGCUGUAUAACAAGGUGGUCUACCUUGAGCCGACCUUCUACGACCGGCUAUACAUCAACAUCUUCCUCUUUACACUCGCAGUCAACGCUAUUACAUCUGAACGUGAAGGUCCCGACUAUAUGUUUGGCGAGAGUGACGGAAAAAACAAGAAAAACAAGAAAAACAAAAACAAAGCUAAACUCACCGAGUUGAUACAAAACUUGCGUCUGGCUGGGUUUUGGUGGGCCGGUGAUGACAAUGUCCAAAGUUCUGUCGACAUUGCUUUGGAAUAUCUGGAGGAAAACCAAGAGAAGAUGACAGUGGCUGAUUUCAACCAAUUAAAACAUGGGAUCCAGAUCGCACGAAAGGCAAUCAAUUCUCCAGGCUGGAAUGGAUUCAAGAAGAUGCAUGAGCUUGGAGUCUUUGUUCGGCAUUUCCCAGAGCAUGCUCGCAACAUGUGGGCCCUUGAUCCCACAGAGGCCGACCACGAGCUCCUACUCAUGGGGAUCACCCAGGCCCGUCGCGCGCAGCAAUUUGUGAUGAACCAUCUCACUACGCCUGAUCCCGCCGACGGUCUCGCAGGAGAAGGUAUCAAAGUUCGUCGGGAGCUAGUUCAACGCAGCCAGGCAGUUACAUUUGCUCACAGCGGUGCCCCUGAGUCGGCGAAUGCUCCAGUUAGCAAAUCAAAAUCGAAAGGGCACAAGCAAAAUCAAACUUCUAAGAAGAACAUCUUCCGCGCUCUCCCGAAGACUUCGCCCUUGGCACAAACGAAGCUGGAAGGAGUAGCAUCGGCCAAACUUCGGUACUUGUUGGAUCAAGUGUUGAAGUUCCAAAAGACCGAGAAAAUCAUCAUCUUCUAUGAACACGACAACGUCGCUUCCUGGGUCGAGCAAGGCCUGGAGUUAAUAGCAGUCAAAUUCCGCACCUACGCCAGCACCGCGAGCAUGGGCUCUAAUUUCAAAACCGAGCAUCUAAGGGAAUUCCGCGAAACCGAAGAAGUUCGUGUAUUACUGAUGAGCGUCAAACAAGCCUCGCAUGGCCUCCACAUCCCCGAAGCCUCACGGAUGUACAUCGUCAACCCAAUCUGGGAACGUAACGUGGAAAGCCAAGCCAUCAAACGAGCCCACAGAAUCGGGCAGAAAAGACCAGUCUUUGUCGAAACCCUCGUUCUAGGCAAUACCCUCGAAUACCGGAUGCUCAACCGCAGCAAAAACAUGACCGCCGAGGAGACGAAGCAGGCAGGAGAUAACCCGCUGAACGAUAGUACCAUGAGCGACAUCAUUAAGAACGAGCCCUUCCUGCCCAUGCCCGACGAGGCUUCGGCCGGCAUGGCUCCACUAGCAUACCCGCUUGGGCUAUUUGAUCAGCAUAAAUUGCCGCAGAAUCCACGGCCAGUUUUGGAGUCUGAUACCGAUUUCGGUUCGACUGUUGUUAUGGGGCCAUCAGCCAAGCGGCGACGGAUUGGCUUUGCGGAGCAUGACCAGGUCAUGGGUGAGGGUGCUGUGGAUGCGGUUCCUGGACCGCUGCAGACUGUACCCGAGUUGAAUUCGACUUCUGAGCCAUCGCGGAUUGGCUUCACGGAGCGUGAGAUGGUCGUUGGGGAUAGUGUUGAAGCUUUCGGAGCAUCUGGUUCGGUUCAAUUCGUGCCGAUGCACUCUGGGUCAGAUUUGUCCGGGAAUGGUGUUCAAACGCGACCCUCGAUAUUCGGGCCGUUCUAG